AUGGCUCUUAUCACCGCGCGGCGCAAAUUAGCGACACUUCUUAACAAAACCAUCUCUUCUUCUACUGCUUCUUCGUUUUCUACGCUCUCUUCUCGUUCUCGGUUCGUCCUGCCUCUGGUUGACAAGGUUUCCUCACUGGGCCCGUGUUACAUCGCGACCCGACCCAAGACAUCCGGGUCUGGAUACUCCCCGCUGAACGAUCCGUCGCCAAAUUGGAGCAACCGUCCGCCGAAGGAGACGAUUCUUCUUGAUGGGUGCGAUUACGAGCACUGGCUCAUCGUCAUGGAGUUCACUGAUCCCAAACCCACCGAAGAUGAGAUGAUCAAUGCUUAUGUCAAAACCUUAACUUCCGUCCUUGGCAGCGAAGAAGAGGCAAAGAAGAAGAUUUACUCAGUUUGCACAUCGACCUACACUGGUUUUGGUGCUUUGAUCUCCGAAGAGCUUUCUUGCAAAGUCAAAGGAUUGCCUGGUGUUCUCUGGGUCCUACCAGAUUCCUAUCUUGACGUACCCAACAAAGACUAUGGAGGUGACUUGUACAUUGAAGGAAAGGUCAUACCGAGACCGCAGUACAGGUUCACAGAACAGCGCCAAGGUAGGAACCGGCCUAGGCCAAGGCAUGAUAGACGCCGUGAGACUACGCAGGUUGAGAGGAGAGAGCCGGCACAGAACUGGAGCCAGAAUCAACCACCAACAUCCAUGGCUCACCAAGCUCCACCUACUAAUCCCGGAGAGUUCAACAAGACCAAUGCUUGA